AUGGCACCGCUCAUAAUCCUACAGCUGCAUGUUGUGUCCGUGCAGCAGGCCCUCGACAUGAUGAAGCAGCGGUGGAGAUGGGCCCUCGACAUGAUGAGGCAGCGGUGGGGACGCGGUGUGGGUGCGGUGUGCGGGCGUGGAGAAUGCCAGGCAGGCGCGGUGGUGGAGCGGCAGCGGCGCGUGUGGAGCAGGUUUCCAUUGUGCGCUUUGUAA